AUGGCUACUGACCAGGAGAUGAUGGAUCGCAUUGCCAAGCUGAGCAAUGCUAUUGAACAGCAGAAACACAUGGCAAGCAGCAGAGGCGGCUAUUAUGCUCGAGGUAGACCAUUUCGUGGUCGAGGUGGAAACAUGUCUCUCUCCAACACUCCACCGAGACACCCAACUGCACCCUAUUACCCUGCAAAUAACAAAUAUAUCAACCCUGCCACUGUGAAGCUCUCUUCAGCAGCAAAUUAUGUGAGCCCAUCGAUCAAGGCAAAUCAUCAGCAUCGCAACCUAGCAGUAAACACUCCAGCUUCACCAAUGUCCACUCCAUCACCACUAUCAUUACCACCUCAGAGCCGCAACAAAAAGCUCAUCAUCAACCAUAAAGGUAGCAAUGCAACCACGAGUAAUACCAUGGUCAAAUCAAUCAACACUGCGACAGGCAGAAAGCAAGUUGCCAUUGAUGGCGUAGAUUUCGUAGUCAAGGGAAAGAAAUUGAUUCGAAAAGACCUGUUUGACUCGAAUAUGACCAAGACCAAUCUCUUGAUGGCAAAUUCAACCGCACCCAAAGUACUUAUUCGAAAAUCAAUCAAAAGGUAG